ACAAGCGCAAGAAUAAAGUAACAACACAGGCAACAGUAGUGCAGACUGGUUAACCAGCUUAGCAGAGUUGUAACAUAAAGUUGGACAUUAUUACACCUCUGCGUUAUGUGAUAAGAAAAGGCAAAAAGAAUGCAGGAACCGUUUUACGAAUUGUUAAAUGCGGAAGUGCCUUAUUGAGGUCUCUUAGGAAAGGCAGCUAACUUAGCACACUAGCUAGCUUGUCAGAUAGCUCAAACUUGCCAACAGUUAAGUAAUACUUUGUUGCCUCUUUCUAACAUCGUUUCCUAUUCAUAACAGUGCAUUGUAAGCCACUGUGCACACUAUGGACAGUCAGAUAAUGACAGAGAAUCCGUUGUUACUGCCUCUCAACAAGGAGAAAACCGUGUAUGAUGGCUUCAUCACAGUGCAGGACAGAGAUUUCAGGAUAAGAGUAAUACUUCCACCAGGACAUCAGCUCAAACAGGCAAAACUUCACUGUUGCUGGCAACUUAAAAGGCUGCUGAGUGGACAUCAGCACAUUUUGAAACAGAGGUUGCAUCAUGCCCCCGAUUUGGUCAGUUUCAUUUUGGAGCUGAAAACUGUAUUGGAGUUGGCAAUGAAGAGCAGACCAGACUGUCAGAGCAUACCACCUCCACAGUACUAUUCCCAGCUGAUCACAGAGAUGCAGAGCCUGGGAUGGGAUAAGCUGCUGUUCAUUGACUCCGAGUUCCGCACACUGAAACUGCAAGGAGAGGACUCGGCUGGCCGUAAACACGUCCUUACAGUCAAGCUCAAGCCCAAGUAUCCAGUCGAGGCCCCUGAGUUCCUAGCCGAUCUCCCUUUUCCUUUCCACAUGAGUUGGACUCCGCAGAGCACCUUGGCCCACGUUCACGGCCGCUUCCUGCUCCACUUGGAAGGCCUGGCCGAGUUCUGGUCGGUGCUGGACGAGAUCGACGAGCAGACGUGGGUCCUGGAGCCAGAGAAGCCCUCCCGAGCGGACACCAUGAGACGGAUCGCUAUUGGGAACAAUGUGUCCAUAAAGGUGGAGAUCGACCCCAGGCACCCGAAGAUGCUGCCUGAUUGCUGUCUGCUCGGUGCAGAACAUGUGGUCACCCCCUUGAGGACCAAGCUUAAUGGCAACAUGCAUUUAUGGAAUCCAGACUGCAGCAUUCUGCAGAACAUGAGAGACGUUCUAGAGAUAGAAUUCCCAUCACCUUCCACCCACGAAAAAUCUAGCCUCAGCACGGAGUGUGGCAUCUGUUACUCCUAUCGGCUGGAGUCGGCCAUUCCAGACCAAGUGUGCAACGAUCCUCGCUGUGGGCAGCCGUUUCACCAGGUCUGCCUGUAUGAGUGGCUAAGAGGUCUGACUACCAGUCGCCAGAGCUUCAAUAUUGUGUUUGGGGAGUGUCCAUACUGUAGCAAGCCCAUUACAGUAAAGAUGGCAGUGCAGAAGCCUUGAACAGCCUACAGCUGAAGAGAAUGUCCUCCAACAUCGGCACAAAUGGGUGGCUAUGAUUUAAGGCCAUGCUACCAUUCUGACAGGACUUUACAAGGCAUGU